AUGGACUGGUCGUAUCUGGCGAUUGAUCAAGAACUUCCAGUGACCUACAAACUGACGCACCGUGGAUUGACUUGGGACAGCGAGUCCAAGUAUCUACUGGCGUAUGGAGACGAUUACGGACCAUAUGAAGUUGCUUUCCAGGACCGCGACCAACUUUUGCAAGCCAUCGACACCAGCAUCACGGCAGCGAACAUGUGGAUUGCGGAAGCGACGCGGUUCAGGGAGAAGGUGCGGGCUAGUUUCGGAAGAUACCGCACCUGGCACGACUUCGCGGCGCUCCACGACGUCAUCGAAACGACCGGGGCAAAUAUGGAGAAAGCUUGCGCCCUCCGAGACAAGGACGGGAAACGCAUUGUGGAAGAGCCGGCCGUGACGAAGCAUCGCCGCCAGACGGUCGUCGAGGAAUGGAACAGCACAGAAGUGCACAAGACGAUGUCGACCCGCGACAUGAUUGUCGAGCUGACGCCCCAUGGGAGCGGACGGACAAGCGUCGACCCGAUCCUCAAGGCCUACCGUCAGAUUGCCAAGAAGCCAAAGCAC